AGCUGUUCGCUUAUCUCUGCCCUGGAUCAUCUGGUGUACGUCUACGCCGUUGGUUCUGUGAAACCUACAGUGUGGCAGCUUGAUCGACUUGGACGACCUACAUAGAGUAUCGUUGCAUUCAUCGUUCGUCAGGGUAGCGAAGUUUUGGGUUUUUGUUGCUGCCUGAUAACCGCAAAGCGAAGCAUCUCCUGCCGCUGACAUCACCCCCUUGCGUCGAACGUAUCGUUUGUUUUUUUCUGUUUGCUUCAUCUUCACACUAACUAAGCUCACCCUUUUACUUCGGCGUGAUGGCGAAGCCAAUCAUGGUGGUCGGCACGAGCGCGCCGCGUCGCCGUGAAAUCGCGCAGACCCACUUCGGCGACGCCUUCGAUCUCGAGUACCUCUCCCCCGACAUCGAUGAAAAGCAAUUCCGCUCCGCCGAUCCGUUUUCUCUGACCUCUCUGAUCGCGCAUGGCAAGAUGGCAGCGCUGCGUGAAAAGAUCGCCGAGGAUGCCGACUUGCAGGCGCGCCUUGCGCAGCGUCCCGGCAGCGUGGCCGUGACUUUUGACCAAGUGGUGUACUACCACAACGAAAUCCGCGAGAAGCCCGAAUCGCUGGAGGAGGCGAUAGCUUUUAUCCGGUCCUACUCAAACAACCAACUGGGUACCGUCAUGACGACGGUGCUGUACUCUUUCGCACAGGACAGGAUGCUGUCCAUGCCGAACACAACGCUCACCUUCUACCGCGAGAUUCCAGCGGACGCGAUAGCGCGCGUGGUCGAGCGGGGGCAGUGCUUUCACACCGCUGGUGCCUUUGUCGUGGAGGACGCGGAUAUGAAAAAGAGCGAGGUUAAGAUCGAGCCGGGCACGGAGGAGGAGGUGUGCGGCUUCUCCGAGAAUUCUGUGCGUGCGCUACUCGAUGACGUGAAUGCCGCAUAA